AUUUUAGUUAAUUUAACUAUAACAGCUGAGAGAAGCGAAACAAAAUGGUUCGCGGAGUAAAUUUUGUUGUGAUUUUGGUGCUGAUAAAUUUGGUAUCACAUGUUGUGAGCGACUGCGUGAGGUACACGUUUGAACAAAAUUAUGAUGAGCUGUUUACAACUGAACUGGGUGUUUGCAAAAACAUGCACAUGCCACCGUGGAGAGUUGGACAGUACAGCAACUUGGGGAUGCCUGGUCCUCACGAAUCAAGCAACACAUUUAUAGCACCAAGAGAAGAAAUGAGUUGUAUUUCAUCAUUUCCUUUUCCAAUGAAGGAGGGAGGCACUCUCGAAGUCAAAGUUUACGUAUAUGAUGCAGCUCUUACUGAUCAAAUCACCAUAUCCAUUAGUCAAAUAUUGAUGUCUGGUAAUACAUGGGUGACUGGCGUUUAUGUACACUCACCAUUGAAUCAAAUGUUCACUACUGGCUGGUAUACUAUCAAGAUGACUGUACCGGGACCUGACACACCACAAGGCUUUAUAUCUAUAACGGGUUUGGCGUCAUCGUCUAGUUCUAUAGUACUGGUAGAUUCAUUCCGAUACAUACCACCUGGCAUGGAUGAAUAUUUAUGUGAUUUUUACGAUGCAUGGACUACUACUCCAGUUCCAACUACUACACCUGAACCAACUACCACUCCUGAACCUACCACCACACCUGAACCAACGACCACUCCCGAACCAACUACCACGCCUGAACCAACUACCACUCCCGAACCAACCACAACUCCCAAAACAACCACAACUUCCGAACUAACUACCACUCCUGAACCAACUACCACUCCUGAACAAACCACAACUCCCGAACCAACUACUACUCCCGAACCAACUACAACUCCUGAACCAACCACAACUCCCGAACCAACCACAACUCCCGAACCAACCACAACUCCCGAACCAACUACAACUCCCGAACCAACUACCACUCCCGAACCAACUACCACUCCUGAACCAACUACCACUCCUGAACCAACUACCACUCCUGAACCAACUACCACUCCUGAACCAACUACCACUCCUAAACCAACUACCACUCCUGAACCAACUACCACUCCUGAAUCAACUAGCACUCCUGAACCAACUACCACUCCUGAACCAACCACAACUCGCGAACCAACCACAACUCGCGAACCAACUACAACUCCCGAACCAACUACAACUUCCGAUACAACUACCACUCCUGACCCAACUACCACUCCUGAACCAACUACCACUCCUGAACCAACUACCACUCCUGAACCAACUACCACUCCUGAACCAACUACAACUCCAGAACCAACUACAACUUCCGAACCAACUACCACUCCUGAACCAACUACCACUCCGGAACCAACUACCACUCCGGAACCAACUACCACUCCUGUACCAACUACCACUCCGGAACCAACUACCACUCCUGAACCGACUACCACUCCCGUGCCAACCACAAGUCCUGAACCAACCACAACUCCCGAACCAACUACUACUCCUGAAACAACACCUGAGCCAACCACCACUCCUGAACCAACUACCACUCCCGAACCAACCACAACUCCUGAACCAACGCCUGAGCCAACCACCACUCCUGAACCAACUCCUGAGCCAACCACCACUCCUGAACCAACUACCACUCCUGCAGCGACUACCACUACUGAACCAACAGUCACUCCCGAACCAAGUCCUACUCCCGAACCAAUAACCACUUCUGAUCCAACCACUAUCCAGGAACCAACUAUCACAUCUGACCCUAUCAGUCCAGAUUCCACAACUUCUCCCUACCCAUCGACAACUCCAAAUUACUGUCCACCUGAAGACAAACCUGACUCUUGGUUUUGGACGAUAGCUAUUAUUGGGGUUGUUUUACUUUUAAACAUUAUAGUAUUACUUUUGACAUGCAUGAUAUUCUACCACCUUGGAUGGAAAAGAGCAGUUUCGGCUGCUAUGAAGCAAGUUUAACAGAAAUAAUCACCUGUCUCGAAGUGGUUUUACUUUUCAAUUAUUGAUGAGAGUGACAUCGAACUUAUUCUGUAUUUUGUUCAUUAAUAUAUUAUUUUCUAAAUGUUAACGUUCAAAACUUUCAUUAAUUGUGAUUGUAUAAUAAUGAAAAAUGUUUAAAUAAAAUAUUAACCAAAAC